UGUAGUCUCAGUGAAAAAGUUUAGCAGCCAUGAAUCGAGCAAAGGCAGCGUUGCUCAAAACCCUUGGCUUCGCCAACUCGCUCGUGUUGACCAGGUCCUACGUCACAACUCGGCCGAUUUGUUCUCAGGUGACUCAAUUCUCUCACCUCUCUCACUUUCAUUCUGAUCAAUCAUGCGGUUUUCAUUUCCUCAAUACCCAUCAAAGCCUGUUCUUUUCCUCGGCCCCCAACUCGGUUUUGCAACUGGUUUUGGCUAACCAGUGGUCCGCUGAGUUGGAGAACGAGUUAUCUGAGUCCUACCCAUCACUGACCCACGAUGCAGUUAUCUAUGUUUUGAAGAAACUGGAUAAAGACCCAAAAAAGGCUUGGGAUUUUUUCAACUGGGUCUGUGAGAAAAAUGGUUUUAGGCCAAGCUCUUCGGUGUUUAACUUGAUGCUUGGGGUUUUAGGGCACAAGGAUUCAAUGAAACAGUUUUGGAUCACUCUGAGGCAAAUGAAAGAGCAAGGCUUUUACAUUGACGUGCAAACGUAUUCGGCCAUCGCAGAACGGCUUAAAAAGGGGAAGAUGAAUAAUGAUGUUGUGGCUUUCAAGCAUUUUUUUGAAAGGAUGAUGCAAGAUAAUGCGACGGAUGAGGUUGCGAAGAAGGUGGCCGAUGUUGUUUCAGGGUCAGAGUGGAGUGCUGGGAUUGAGAAAGAGUUGGGGGAGCUCAAAAUUACGUUAUCUGAUAAUUUUAUCAUAAGGGUAUUGAAGGAACUUAGAAUUUGCCCAUCGAAAGCUUUGAGCUUUUUCCAUUGGCUCGGUCAAAGUUCCGGUUAUGAACACAAUACUAUCACAUAUAAUGCAGUUGCAAGGAUUAUUGCACAGGCUGACUCAAUUGGGGAGUUUUGGAGUGUGAUUGAGGAAAUGAAGGGUGCAGGUCAUGAACUGGAUUUAGACACUUAUAUAAAGAUUACGAGGCAGUUUCAGAAGAGCAAGAUGAUGGAAGAUGCGGUGAAGCUAUAUGAGCUCAUGAUGGAUGGCCCUUAUAAGCCUUCUGUUCAGGAUUGCAGCAUGCUUUUACGGAGCAUCUCAGCAAGUGAUAAACCAGAUUUGGAUAUGGUGUUUAGAGUUGCAAAGAAAUUCGAGUCUGCAGGGAAUACACUCUCUAAGGCUGUUUAUGAUGGAAUUCAUAGGUCUUUGACAAGUGCAGGGAGUUUUGAUGAAGCAGAGAAAAUUACGAAGGUUAUGAGAAAUGCAGGGUAUGAGCCAGACAACAUUACAUACAGUCAGUUGGUCUUUGGACUUUGUAAGGCCAAGAGACUUGAAGAAUCCUGCAAAGUGCUGGAUGAGAUGGAAGCAAAUGGGUGUGUUCCUGAUAUCAUGACUUGGACCAUUUUGAUUCAAGGACACUGUGCUGCUAAUGAAGUUGACACGGCGCUGGUUUGUUUUGCAAAGAUGAUCGAAAAAGGCUGUGAUGCUGAUGCCGAUCUACUGGAUGUCUUGAUAAACGGAUUCCUUAAGCAGAGGAAGAUAGAGGGUGCAUACAAAUUGCUUGUUGAAAUGGUGAAUAUGACUCGUUUAAGACCUUGGCAAGCCACAUACAAAAAUCUUAUCGAAAACCUGUUAGAAGUUAGAAAACUCGAUGAAGCAUUCGCACUUCUUCAUUUAAUGAAGAAACAGAGCUACCCACCUUAUCCAGAACCUUUUGUCCAAUAUAUAUCAAAAUUUGGUUCAGUGGAGGAUGCUGCAGAAUUUUUCAAGGCAUUGUCUGUGAAGGAAUAUCCCUCGUCUGCAGCUUAUGUCCAUGUUUUCAAAUCAUUCUUUAAAGAAGGUAGAGACUCUGAGGCCAAAGAACUGCUUUAUAAAUGCCCUCAUCAUAUUCGAAAGCUUGGUGAAAUUUCCAAACUUUUUGGUUCUACAGAAGGCAAGCAGACUGCUGCUUGACAUGUAUUUGUUGUAGUAAUGUUCAUGGUCAACUACAUGAACUGUAACGUCUGCUCAUUUUUCAACACAAUAGGAAAUUAGCCUCUGUUUCUUGUUUUCUUCAGUGUUAGUCCAUUUUGAAGUUAUUCCUGUCUAUUGAUGCAUAUAGCCUACCAUUUAUGAGAUCUCAGGAAGGGCGUGAUGCUUCAAAAGAAUAUAGCCACUUCGAUGUUUUU